AUGGGGUAAUAUUUCAUCUUGUUUGGUUUUCUUGAAAAAUUCAGUGAAGCAUAAUCUGCUUUAGAAUAAGGAGUUAAAUAUGCUAGUACAGAUUGGAGAUUAUGGAAUAAUUUAAUGGGUGUUUCUUUAAGGAAUAAGAAGUUUAUUAGAUUUUAUUCAUGUAUCGAAAAACUUGUGUUAUUAGUUCAUAGAGAAUUAAUAGAUGAAUAAAUAAUCUAAAAGAUUACAUAAACAUUAGCCUAUUAAACAGAUUAAUUAAAUUAAGAGAAUAUAAUAUAAUCAAAUAUUAAUAAAAAAAGAAUUUUAAAAUUGUAUGAAUAUUUGGCUAAAGAAAUUGGAUAAAAAUACUAUAUAUGGGAAGGUCUAGCAAAGUAUACUGAAUUACUUAUAAUUUAUGAUUAAAGAACAGCAGAAUUAGAACAAAAAUAAAUAGUCGAUUUGCAACCUUAUUAUAAUGA